UAAGAAAUGAAAUAGUAAAGCACGCCUUUAUGCUCUCUGUUGUUUUUGCUUUUUAUCUCUGAAAUUUUUUCCUAGUGAAGACGUCAACAAGAAAAAAAGAUCCCUACAGAGAACCCUAAAAAUUGGAUUGAGGAAUUUUAGUUCUUUGGAAGGAUUAGGGUUUUUUUUCUUCUCAGGUGGGAACAAUGUCGAUUGCAGCCCCAGGGCAACUGAACGUGAACGAAUCCCCUUCUUGGGGAUCCAGAAGUGUCGAUUGCUUCGAGAAGUUAGAGCAAAUUGGCGAGGGCACAUACGGUCAAGUUUACAUGGCUAAAGAGAUCAAAACUGGUGAAAUUGUUGCUCUGAAGAAAAUUCGAAUGGACAAUGAGAGAGAAGGGUUUCCUAUAACUGCUAUACGAGAAAUCAAAAUUCUUAAGAAACUACACCAUGAAAAUGUGAUCAAGCUAAAAGAAAUUGUCACUUCUCCAGGCCCCGAGAAAGAUGAACAAGGGAGGCCAGACGGUAACAAAUAUAAAGGGGGCAUCUAUAUGGUCUUUGAAUACAUGGACCAUGAUUUGACUGGUCUUGCUGACCGUCCUGGGAUGAGAUUCACAGUUCCCCAAAUUAAGUGUUACAUGAGACAGCUGUUGACGGGACUUCAUUAUUGUCAUGUAAAUCAAGUACUUCAUCGAGAUAUUAAAGGCUCAAAUCUCCUUAUAGACAAUGAAGGAAAUCUGAAGCUUGCAGAUUUCGGACUGGCACGGUCAUUUUCUAAUGAUCACAAUGCAAAUCUUACAAACCGUGUCAUUACAUUAUGGUACAGACCCCCUGAGUUGCUGCUAGGGACAACAAAGUAUGGGCCAGCUGUAGAUAUGUGGUCUGUUGGGUGCAUUUUCGCCGAACUUCUUCAUGGGAAGCCUAUCUUUCCUGGAAAAGAUGAGCCUGAACAACUAAAUAAAAUAUUUGAGCUGUGUGGAGCACCGGAUGAGGUGAACUGGCCUGGGGUUUCCAAGACUCCUUGGUAUAAUCAAUUUAAACCAACAAGGCCAAUGAAAAGACGUCUGAGGGAAGUUUUCAGACAUUUUGAUCGUCAUGCUCUGGAAUUAUUGGAGAGGAUGCUGACACUUGAUCCAGCUCAGAGAAUUACCGCGAAGGAUGCUCUUGAUGCUGAGUAUUUCUGGACUGAUCCAUUGCCAUGUGACCCCAAGAGUUUACCCAAGUAUGAAUCAUCACAUGAGUUUCAGACAAAGAAAAAGCGUCAGCAACAACGGCAAAAUGAAGAAAUGGCUAAGCGCCAGAAAAUGCAGCAUCCUCAGCAGCAUACUCGUCUUCCCCCCAUUCAGCAGCCAGGGCAACAUGCACAAAUGCGAUCAGGACCUAACCAAAAUUUACAUGGUUCUCAACCCCAAGUUGCUGCGGGACCUAGUCACCAUUAUGGGAAGCCUCGAGGUCCAUCUGGUGGGCCAGGAAGAUAUCCACCAAGCGGGAACCCUGGUGGAGGAUACAAUCACCCUAAUCGGGGAGGUCAAGGAGGGGGUGGCUAUGGCAGCGGGCCUUAUCCUCCUCAAGGGCGAGGGGCACCUUAUGGUUCCAGCGGCAUGCCUGGUGGUGGUCCUCGCGGAGGAGGUGGUAGUGGCUAUGGAGUCGGAGCCCCAACUUAUCCCCAGCAAGGGGGUCCAUAUGGUGGGUCUGGCACUGGUCGUGGCUCAAACAUGAUGGGUGGAAACCGCAAUCAACAAUACGGAUGGCAGCAAUGAAAAAAAAAAAGACGACUUUCUUUGAAUGGUCUCUAUUAUGUUCUGAUUUGGCAUUGGUCUGAUAUGUUUGAUUAAGAAGCGAGUUAUAGAAAGAUCAAACAAAUCAAUGGAUCAAGUUGUUGAGAAAAAAGACAUGGUUGGUCUCUGGAUUAUAGAUUAUUGAGAUAUAAUGUUCUUAUUACCUUAAGUGACUGAAAAGCCUAUGUCAUGCACCUAAUAUAAUGUUUUUGGUGCUGUGUCUUUAGGGACCAUGAGACAAAGACAUGGCUUUUGAUGUUUGUUCAUUGUAUGCCAUAGAUUCAUUCACCGCGCAAAUAGGUAUGAAUAAGUAGCAUAACUCAACAUGUAUAAGAGAUCUCACUUACUAUAAUAUUCUUCCUGUGAUACAA